GAUGCCCACGGGAGUUUCGGGAGAAAAGGGCAAUGAUCCCAGAACAGAUUCUGGAGAGGCGAAAUCCAAAGCAGCAGGUGGAAGGCACUUCCAGGUCACCUGCCUCCAGCCACUGCUAGUUCAAGCUCAGCACAGGUAGGGGUCAAAGGUGACUGCACUCAGUGCCUCUGGGGGUGGAAGGAUCUGUGGGUGCAAAUAAUUGGGUCUGUCCAUUGCCUCCUUUUUAGGGCUCAGAGGAACCAUUUCCUGUCCAUGCUCAGUCAGAAGCCAGCUCCAUCUCCCCUUCUUCCACUGACCUCCAUAGUGCCCAAGGGACAGUGUGGCUGCCGGUGGCAGGGACUGGCUCAGAGUCAGCAGUGUACCUUCCCUGGCUCAUAACCCUACUAGUCCUUAACACACUAAGCCCUAGGAAGCUGCGCAGCCCAGCUCUGUGUGAUCCACUUGCUCCAAAAACACGGGUAAGAAGAGGAAAGAGGACAGAAGCCCUUGCCAUCGCUGACAAAGGUUGGGUGGUGGAGAAAGACCACCAGUGACGGUCACCCUCAGCUCGAGUCCUCCAGCCUGCAGAUCCAUGGCUGGCAGGCCUCUGCCCACUGGACGCCAGGAGGAGGAGAACGCCAAAGACGCUGGGCCAAAACUCAUACCAGUGAUGCCCCGGGGUGGUCUGCCCAGUAUUGAUGAGGCCGGACCCACAGGUCUCGGCCCAGCUUCCCGCCGGGGCUCGGUGCCGGGCCUAGCCACAUCCUUCUCACGCCGCAGCUCGCUGGUUGGGCCAUGCGCAGGUCCUGGAGGCCGGAGACCAUCCCUUGGCCCAGUGCACGCUCUGGGCUCACGGAUUAACUUAUCCGGAUGGUCUCUGGCCCCCGUUCGGCGUGUGGCACCCUCAUACCGCAUGGAGCCGGCACCCGGAGAGCGUUGGGAGGUUGUGCGGGCACAGCGGGCCCUGGAGGAGGCGCUGGCAGCGAGGCUGCAAGACACCUGCUAUUCCUCCGCCGAGGCUGGGGAGCUGACAAGGGAACUCUGCGAGCAGGUGCAUGUGCGCCUGCGCGAGCUCAGCCCGCCCCGCUACAAGCUGGUGUGCAGCGUGGUGCUGGGGCCGCGCACGGGCCAGGGCGUGCACGUGGUGAGCCGCGCGCUCUGGGAUGCGGCCUGCGAUGGCCUGGCCUCCACCACCUUCACCAAUGCUUCACUCUUUGCCGUGGCCAUCGUCCACGGGCUCUACUGCGAGUGAACAGGCCUCCAAAGUUAUGCAAAAAAAAAAAA